AUGCUGCGUUGACUAACAGUGCCCAGUUAUUCUCUAGGCCGGGUUGGUUAAAUGGUGGCUGUCUCGAGGGCCGCCGUCUUCUAUGACAUUGUCCCUGUGUGUAUUGCAGGGUAGCUUGUAAGCUCAUUCAUUUUGACAGGUCCCUGUAUUGCCGAACCAUGGAAGCCCUGAUCCCCGUUAUAAACAAACUUCAAGACGUCUUCAACACGGUGGGAGCAGAUAUAAUCCAGUUGCCGCAGAUUGCAGUUGUUGGAACACAGAGCAGCGGAAAGAGUUCGGUGUUGGAGAGCCUGGUUGGCCGGGACCUGUUGCCGCGGGGAACGGGCAUAGUCACACGACGCCCCCUGAUCCUGCAGCUGGUAAAUGUGGACCCCGAUGACCGCAGGAAGACCAGUGAAGAGAAUGACCCCAGCACGUGGAAAGAUGGACGCCUGUACAAAGGAGUCGAUGGAGAAGAAUGGGGAAAAUUUCUACACACCAAAAACAAGAUCUACACAGAUUUUGAUGAAAUCAGGCAAGAAAUAGAAAAUGAAACCGAAAGAAUUUCUGGCAAUAACAAGGGUAUCAGCGAUGAGCCCAUUCACCUGAAAAUCUUCUCUCCUCAUGUGGUGAACCUGACCCUGGUGGACCUUCCAGGUAUCACUAAGGUCCCGGUGGGAGACCAGCCCAAAGACAUCGAGAUCCAGAUCAGAGAGCUCAUCCUGAAACACAUCAGCAACCCCAACUGCAUCAUCCUGGCCGUCACGGCCGCCAACACCGACAUGGCCACCUCCGAGGCGCUCAAAGUGGCUCGAGAGGUGGACCCCGACGGAAGGAGAACUUUAGCCGUGGUGACCAAACUGGACCUGAUGGAUGCCGGUACCGACGCCAUGGACGUGCUGAUGGGUCGGGUCAUUCCCGUCAAACUGGGCCUGAUCGGGGUUGUCAACAGGAGUCAGUUAGACAUCAAUAAUAAGAAGAGCGUGGCCGACGCCAUACGGGACGAACACGCCUUUCUGCAGAAGAAGUACCCCUCCCUCGCCAACAGAAACGGAACCAAAUACCUCGCCAGAACGCUGAACAGGCUGCUGAUGCACCACAUCCGCGACUGCCUGCCGGAGCUGAAGACGCGCAUCAACGUGCUGGCGGCGCAGUACCAGUCGCUGCUCAGCAGCUACGGCGAGCCCGUGGAGGACAAGAGCGCCACCCUGCUGCAGCUCAUCACCAAGUUCGCCGCCGAGUACUGCAACACCAUCGAGGGCACCGCCAAGUACAUCGAGACCGCCGAGCUAUGUGGUGGGGCCAGAAUCUGUUACAUAUUCCACGAGACGUUCGGACGGACGCUAGAAUCGGUGGAUCCGCUGGGAGGUCUCACCACCAUAGAUGUCCUGACCGCUAUCCGGAAUGCCACGGGCCCCCGUCCGGCCCUCUUCGUGCCCGAGGUGUCCUUUGAGCUGCUGGUGAAGAGGCAGGUGAAGCGGCUGGAGGAGCCCAGUCUGCGCUGUGUGGAGCUGGUGCAUGAGGAGAUGCAGAGGAUUAUACAGCACUGCAGCAACUACAGCACGCAGGAGCUGCUGAGGUUCCCAAAGCUGCAUGAUGCCAUAGUGGAGGUGGUGACCUCACUCCUCAGGAAGAGACUGCCAGUGACCAAUGAGAUGGUUCAUAACCUGGUGGCGAUCGAGCUGGCGUACAUCAACACCAAACACCCCGACUUCGCCGACGCGUGCGGCGUCAUGAACAAUAAUAUAGAGGAGCAGAGGAGGAACAGGAUGAGAGAGCUGCCCUCAGCCGUGCCCCGCGACAAGUCCUUAAAGGGCCCGAGUGGGCCCCCUGUCUUUCCUAGCGAGGCCCCUGCCCCCGGCGACGCUGAGGGGGCCAAGGGUGCAGCAGGAGGUCCGCAGGGGGAGCAGGACGGCUCCGGGGGCUGGAGGGGCAAGUUAAAGAAGGGAGAGGAUGGGGCGAUGGCGGAAGACCAAAACGGCAGACCUCCCCAGGCCCCCCUCCCGGCCAGCCCCAUGAAGGGAUACGCCGUCAACCUGCUGGAUGUGCCUGUUCCAGUUGCCAGGAAGUUGUCUGCUCGGGAGCAGAGGGAUUGUGAGGUCAUAGAGAGGCUCAUCAAAUCCUACUUCCUCAUUGUCAGAAAAAACAUCCAGGACAGCGUGCCCAAGGCAGUAAUGCACUUCCUGGUGAACCACGUGAAGGACAGCCUGCAGAGUGAGCUGGUGGGGCAGCUGUACAAAGCAGGGCUGCUGGACGACCUGCUGACCGAGUCAGAGGACAUGGCCCAGAGACGCAACGAGGCGGCGGACAUGCUGAAGGCCCUGCAGAAAGCCAGCCAGGUCAUCGCCGAGAUCCGAGAGACCCACCUGUGGUGAGGACGCCCCCCCCCCCCACCACCAAAAUAAAAAACGAAAACAAAACUCUGUUCAGAGUCUAUGGACAGCCAACUUAAAAACGCACUGUUGUAAACUGUUAUGUGUGGAACGUUUAUUUUAUUUACUGUACAGACACGAAAAUAAAGGCCGUAGUAUAUCGCUUUUCACCCGAGUGCGCACCCCCUCCCUGUGUGUCAGUGUUUGCCAAGAGGAAUGUGUGUAACCUUGUUCCGUAAGACCCAUCGUAGUGUGUCUUACCAGGGAAUGUGUGCUGCAGGUGUACCGUAAAUUAAAGUUAAAAAUACAAAACUC